GUGUUACGGUUGGCAUCAAGUGCCACACUGGAUUUACGAAGAUAUCAAAAUGGAUCAAAGCUGUCCUUCAUUGAGCUUCAAAUCUUCCAACUCUGUGCUAGAAGAUACAGUUUUGGAUGUUCUCAAAAUUCUUAUUUGGUAAAAAACCAUCUGAUUCUCAUACAUUGCAAAGCCGGAAACGUAAUAUACUCCUUAUUGCUUUUCAUCUCUUGAGAACCAACAGAAGAAUUUGGAGAAGAAGAUUGUGACCGAGAUCUUACCGGCAAAGAAAUUCCACAAAGCUGAAGAAUACCAUCAGCAUUACCUCUCCAAAGGUGGGAAGAGUGGCCAUGCACAAUCCCCUUCAAAGAGCUGUAAGGACCCUAUCAGCUGCUUUGGCUGAGGAAAAGCUUUUGUUCCUCUUCCACCAAAACAGAGGAUUCUCAGAGAAUAUGUAUAUGUUUGUGUGUGUGUGUGUGUUGAUUUGUAAGUCUCAGUUAGUAAUAAAGAUGCAUGUGUGAUCAUCUCAAGUGUGUGUGUUCCAAAAAAAAAAGUGUUCCAAAACAAAAUGAUCAUCUCAAGUGUGUAACUGAAUCUGAUGUAUGUUGGAAUAAUUAAUAAGUACCAUCAUUAGAACCUAAACCUCUUAUUUACUUAUGUUUUUGUGUUAGGAUUCUCUAAUUUUCUUGAACGGAUGCAUGGCCUCUAACCACUUUUGCCACUCAUACACCAACAUGUCCAAUUUUGUUUUAAAAAAUUACGAUGUUGCUGAGGUGAUUUUAGCAGGAGACAACCAUCCAUUGACUGGCAUGUGUUCUAUCAGCUGCAUGUAACACUUUUUGAGAUAUGGGUUGGAAGAAGAAAAGGCUGCAACUGGAUUAAAGGACACGUGACAUUCACACAACUUGAAUUGUAACGUAAAUAAAAUUGAAGUUUAAACUCUCUGAUAGUCUGAUGGCAGAGUCUGCUGUUGCCACUAUCAUCUGUUAUGAGAAUUCAGAGAGUUAAUUUCGUAGUUAAUGUUAUGUUUUCAUUGUACUUCUCUAGUUUUUCACAAGAACAAAUAAUUUCAAACUAUUUUGUUCUGUAUUCACCACUUCAAAUUGUUUUUUUCUCCCUUUAUUGUCGAGAGCAGUCAAAAUAUAAUGAAGAGAAAACAAUGUUCAUGAAAAUGUUUGAGGGUUCUUGGAGAUUAGAGCCAUUGUUUAUAGACGAACAUUUGUGUGACCGCUUAAAACCAAAAACACAAGAAGAUUCUAUACUUGUAGCAAUGGACGAGGGAGGAUAAUCGCAUAGAUCCUACAAUUGAUUAUACAUUGAAAAAAAUAUUGGACUCUACCAAAAACCGAACAUGCACAUUGGUGGGUUUUCAUUUUUCUGAGAACUUGGGUCUUCUCUUUCCCCAGAAAGGUCUCGCUUGUACGUCAUGUAAUCACGAGAAUUGAGCUGCCCACUUCAUUUUUUCGCCAUGCAUAAAACUUAACGUACACCAUUCUCUCAAAGUGCAGAAUAUACUUUAACUGGCAUUCCACAAACCAUACUAUAUAUACUCAAGUUUUAGAUCGUCAUUUACUCUUCCUCUCAUCAGGUAAGUAUUAGUUUUGGUGGGCUAAACUUUCGAAUAGAAAAUGGGUGUAUUCCCUGGAUUUGGUAGCUGGAUCAGUAAGAACAGUCAACAGCCUCUUAAGGCCAAGUCAAAAGGAUCUGAAAAUGUCGAAUCUAAGUUGGUGUCAGAGAAAGACACUAAUAGUAAUGCUCCUGCUAACAAGAAGAAGAAUAGGAAAGAACACUAUGAUGAAAAAGAGGAGAGGAUACAACAUAUACUUUGGCAUGAAGAAGAGAAGAAGCAUCCUUGGCAAAAUCCCCCUCCCAAGGUCAAGGUAACAACUAAGAAGGGUGUUUACCAUAUGAACUUAGAAAUGACCAUAGGAGCGGCGCCUGAAUUAACCUACUUAUGGUUGAUUGAUUCAUGGGGCAGUCAUUUUUAUGAUGAGAAGAAGCGGCGAGACCUUAUGAAAAACAUAUCAAUAAAGGUUUUGACGGAGGAUGGUCCGAGGCGGGUCAUCAAGGUCGAGAAAGCUGUGGUUUAUGACUUCUUUUCGCUGACUUCUAUUCCUAUCCCGUUACAUCUAAUUGUGGAAGAAAACGAACAAGAUCUUACGGGAAAAUAUAAGAAAGAGAAAGUAAUGUUGAUGAAAGUGUUCGAGGGCAACUAUAAACUGGAGCCUGUAUAUGUAGAUCAGGAACGGUUGUGUAAAAAGAGGUUACCAAAAAGUCAAGAAGAAUAUAAAAAAUGCAGUGGUGGCCAAGGAAAUAUUGCGACAAAAUUGAUCAUAAACCAAUACUUUGAGCCAUAUCCUCCAUUUAAUCUACCGCCGCUUUCUUGGUACAUCCGAGGGAACACCAUCAAAACCUCCAAAAAUUUGCUCAAUGCACUUCAGGACACGGCUAAGAUUAUACGAAGUACGAAAGGUUGAGUUGAGCUGCCCGAAGAAUAUGCCAGAUUGAGACGUCAAAUGAGACUUUCUUAGUUUUAUAUUUUAUUAGUGUUUAUAAACAAAAUAUAGAUGAAGUUUUUAUAGUUAAAAUAAAAUUUGUUAGUAAUUUUCAGUUAUAACACUUUUUUGAAAAAGUCAGUUAUAAUACUUUCAGGACAUUAUGUUUGAAUUUGAAAACUUCUUUAAAAGAUCGUACAUUCGUAUGUAUUCAAACACAAUUAGUGAUAAUUUGUUUAUCUAGCUAAAGAUUUUUCGACGAAUAAUAAGACAAAAAAUAUAAAGUUUAUUGAAAUCCUUAAUUUUUGAAAAAUAGAAAAUUGUCAUCAAACAUACAAAAAUUGUUUAUCACGUAUUAUUGACUACUAGGUGGACCGCCCGCACGCAUGUGCGGGCAUUAACAUUAAUAUUAAGUUGAUAUUAUAUUUACAACUAUAUAAUAUUUAUGUUACAUGUAUAUGGUUAAUAUGAAAGAUUCGAUGUUACAUAUUGAUAUUUAUACUAUGUUCAUAUGAACAAAGAAUACAUUAGAACGUUUAGAAAACGAUCACAUUUAACACUAAUCUUAAAACAUCA